AACAACAAAGCUAACUCCUCCAGCACUAACGGGCUUAUUUAAAAAAAUGCCUUCGUUUCUUGUGACGAUACAGAUUAUGAGCCGGAAACUCGAAGCCAUCGAUGGAGGAGGCUCGGAAGAAACUUUUCGUCUGGGGUUUCUUUAAAAUCAUAAACUGUUAGUCGGUCCAGGGUCUCCUCUGCGGCACCAUCACGCUCAGCACCGUUAUGUUGAGACACCUGCGGGUGAAACAUCCCACGGUGCUCCGCAGCGAAAGUAACGGAUAAGAGGCUCCAACUACCGCCAGCAACGACACACAGGACAUGGACGGGGACGAGAAACUGUUCGGCUACGGUACCGCUGCUGAAAUCAUCGUGGAAGUGCCGCUGGAGGACAGAGACUCUGACGCCUUUACUGCAGUGAAUGAACCUGGUAUGAAUUCUGCUGAUAUUAAUGGGCUCCUGGAUGUUUCACAAGGAGGUCCAGCAGAGCAAUUAGCCCGCGCAGGACCGAGCGACGACCGCCCGGUAGGACGUACACAGCACAAACGAAGCUUGAUUUGGAAGUACUUUGAACAUUUGGACAGCUUGAAAGCUGCUCGCUGCCGCAUUUGCAUUAAGAAGUUACAGUACUCGAACGGCGGCACGAGUAACCUGCAUCGGCACUUAUCAAAGAGACACCCGACGGUUUUUGCUGAGCUGGUAGCCAACAGGCAGCAGCCAUCACUACUAAAAUCACCACAGGACUCAAAAACUAACGGUGACACUGAAGAGACCGUCUGGAUGACCGAGCAGAGACAAGUUCCAGUGGAUGUGCCGCUGGAGGACGGAGAAUCUGACAUCAUGACCACAGGAAAUGAAACUAGCAUGAAUGGGCUCCUGGAUGCUUCACAAGGAGGUCCAGAGGAGCAAAUAACAGGAGCAAAGACCAGCGACGACCGCCCUGUAGGACGUAAAAAUCACAAACGCAGUUUGAUUUGGAAGUACUUUGAACAUUUGGACAGCUUGAAAGCUGCUCGCUGCCGCAUUUGCAUGAAGAAGUUACAGUACUCGUACGGCGGCACGAGUAACCUGCAUCGGCACUUAUCAAAGAGACACCCGAAGGUUUUCUGUGAGCUGGUCGCCAACAGGCAGCAGCCAUCACUACUAAAAUCACCACAGGACUCAAAAACUAACCAUGACACUGAAGAGACCGUCUGGAUGACCGAGCAGAGACAAGUUCCAGACGUGUUGGAGGUUUCAGAAGCCUCCGAAGGGGAGAGGAGAGUGUUCAGGAGGGAGAGGGAGCUGAUAGAAGCUCUGAGGAGAACGCAGAGGGAGGAGGCUCAAGCUCUGGAGCUUCAGAGGAAACUGCUUGAGAAGCUGCGUGCAGCCUAUGCCAGAGAGGCAGCUGCAGAGACGGAGAAAAUAGAGUCUCUGAGGAAAGCACAGCAGGAGGAAGCCAAAGAAUUGUACAGACAGAGAGAAGAGCUGCAGAAGGAAAAAGCAGAGCUGCACAAGAAACGUGAAGAGUUUCAACAGGAAAGAGAAGAACUUGUGUUGUUUCCAGAGGACAGUAAGCCUCAUGAUUGAGUUACAAUGUGACGGCAGGACUCACUGAUUCUAACUUUACUGUAAAUGCUCUGGGGCCGCAUUCAUAAACAGAAGGAUGUAAAAAUGUAAAGUUCUCUUUCAGUAAAAUAUAUUUUGCAAACAGUUCAUGUAUAAUUGAUUUUGUUCCUGUUAGAGCUGAUGCCCUGAAAUCACUCUGGUACCAAAUACACAGAAAUUUGAUCUGGCUCAGCUCUUUCCCGCCUCACUGAAAACCACAACAGCAACAUACAGGCUGUCAGUAGAAACCGCUAAACACUAAAGGCUUUCAUGUACUCACAAGUUUAGACAUGUAAAUACCCGUUUUGUUGCUGUGGUUGUGGCUUCAAUUGGUCGGUCAGUCAAUCAUGUCUUUCCUUUUUUCAACCACGAUGCACUUUUUGCAAGUGUUGUGAUUAUCACACCCUGAGUUGAUGCUGAGACUUGAACUUGGUCUCUUGGAGGUACCUGAAAAUGUACUUAAAGUGCCAUUAAAAAAAAAAGAAACAUUUUAAGGCUAUUAAGGUUUAAUUAUUUAGCCCUUUUGUUGUAAUAGCAAGUUUGGGAAAAGCACAUGGUUGAGGAGGAUUAUUAUAAAGUGUAAUUCAAUGUAUAUUUAAGCAGGCAGUUGUAGUUUUGUUAAAUGUUUUCAUGCUCCCUCUGGUGCAUUAUGGGUUCAUCUAUUCUGCAGGAACUCUGAAGGUAAUAAGAUUUAAUGUUUGAUGUGAGAGAGAAUAUUUGGAAGAGAAUUAGAUUUUUGCACACUGUUCUUUAUUGAAUCAGUAAAUCACAAACACCUCCAGGACAAUAAUCAGGGAGUGAAACAUGUAGAACACUUACAUAACUGUGAUGUUGUUUUGGGAAAUAUAAAUUGUAAGUACUACAAAAAUCCCCAAAAGUUCUCGUCUAAUUUGCUGAGAAGAACAAGUAAAGCCUAAAUGAAUUGGCUGCUGCCUCAAGACCCUUGUGAACAUGUUGCCACGCAAAGAUCAGUUUGUGAUUAAAUGAUUAAUU